AUGCUCCCACCGAAAAACGAUCCCGACUACGCGGACAGACUGGAGUUUCUUGGAAACAUCGCAACUCAAUGGAAUACUCCGACAGACGAAACUAGAAGUAUCCCUCAACGUACACGGUACAAAGGACAUAUCAGUACUUGGCCCUUGUCAAUUCUGCGAGCUAUCAGCGAACUUGCCAGUGAUAUGCCGGGUGAUGACGCAUGGUACAGAAUUUACGAUCUACUCGAAGAGGGACAAAUGAAGAGGAUGCAGGAUAAGUCAAAUACUCUACCUGAACAGUUACAGCUAAGCGAUCUAGCGUAUGUCCGACGAAAAGUUGGCCUGGAUGAACCGGCUGGAAUGGCAGAAGGGAAAGGAAAGGGGAAGAUGGUUGAUAAUGAAGAAGAGGUGGAUGGAUCUGCUACUCGUGGAGCGGAUAUCCGCGCGCUCGAAGCAGCGGCUGAUCAAGAGAACGACCAUCCCGCCAAUCAGCCCAGCGAGUUUUCCGACACACUCACUAGUAACAACGUGCAACAGUGGAAUGAUGAUAAUGCAUCGGAGCGAGGGGACGAAACAGAUUCGCUCCCAUCACCGAUCCUCUCGACCGACACCUUAGACUCCAAAAUCAACAAGUGGAAACUCUGGAUCCAACACUAUUGGGAUAUAAAUGACUGCAGAGACCUCAUCCCCAAAAAAAUGUUCCAAAGAGCUACAGGUGGUACGGUCAUGCGCGGCCGCCUAUUAGAAAACUACCAAGGCAUGCCGAAAGGUAGGCUCUUAGAGUUGCUUUACGAGUUGGCUCGAAUGAGCGGAAAAUCGCGAAAAAAGGCGGUGUGGACGAGAAUCGAGGAGAGAUGGGAGAUGGGAGCAGCAGGAAAGAAUGGUAACAAGGCAAUUACAGCUGGGGAUGUGAAGUAUGCGAUUGAGUACUUCGAAAUUGAGAUCCUUCGGAGACAGGGGAAAGGUGGAGGAGAGUCAUCUACUGCUGCUCAAGGAGCAGUAGCAGUCGCGGCGUCACACCGCCACGAGGCACACGGCCAGGAUAAACCGGGAAGGGAGGCAGCUCAAGACGGAGACAAAGAGCAUGAAAAUGUGAAUGAAGACGUGGGGGCCGAAGAUGGAUAG